AUGUUCUCAGUCGGAAUCACCGUCCCCAAACUCCUGCCCGUGACAGGAACAUUCGCUCCAGCCUUCGGAGCGUAUUUUGUCCUUCUCGCACUCCGCGUCAGCCUUGUUCGCCAGUCGACCCACAUAGUUAUAGGCGACCAAGGCUCUUCAUCAGACAAGGCCGCGGCAUCCGAUGCCAAACCGCCGUCUACCGCUGGCGGCGGCAACAACCUGUUGAUAGCAGCGCGUUCGCAUGCCAAUUUCGCCGAGAACGUGCCGUUCGCGCUCCUCGUGGCAUCGUUUGUCGAGAUGAACGGGGGCGAUCGACGUGCCUUGACGGCGUCGCUGGCGGCGUUGCUGUUCCUGAGAAUCGCCCAUGUGGAAUUCGGCAUGAAGGCCAAGGACUCGUUGGGCUGGGGAAGACCGGUCGGAUCGCUGGGAACUCUGGCCUUUAUCGGUGGCAUGAGCUCGUAUGCGGCUUGGUUGGUCAAGAGUUACUGGGGGCUUUGA